GAACCUGGCAACCCACGUGACCCAAACAGGUCAAAAGUCAGUCGCUAGCUUUAGCACCUCAAGCAGGUAUGUAAAUGUCUGACGAUAAGGAAGCGCAGGAGGACGAGCUGCUGGCUUUGGCGAGUAUCUACGAUGAAGAGGAGUUUCACGGAGCUGAGGCUGCCCAAGGAGGAGAGGUGCAGGUGUGUGUGGAGCUGCCCCUGGAUUUCAAAGUAGUUACAAAAGGAGACAAGCAAACGGAAUACAAUGUCUGCUUCCUACCUCCGCUGGUGCUUAACUUUGAGUUUCCUGAAGAUUAUCCAUCUACAUCUCCACCGCACUACACACUCAGCUCCAAAUGGAUGACAAGAGCACAGAUGAGCGCACUCUGCAGACGUCUGGAUGAACUGUGGGAGGAGAAUCAGGGCUGUGUCAUUCUCUUCACCUGGAUUCAGUUUCUUAAAGAGGAGGCAGUGCAUUACCUCUGCAUCAAGUCACCCCUGGAGGUCCACAGAGCAAAGUCCAGCAGCGAACGCAAGAAAACUGAGCCAGAAAAGAGAGAGGAGAAAAACAGUGAAGUAAAAAAAACUCCUGAUCCCUCCUCCGCCUCCUCCUCCGCUUCCUCCUCCUCCGUCGCUCCUCUGGACCCGCGGGCUGUCGUUCUGUUGGACCCCCGCGUGGAUCUCCUGCCUCAGCUCCUGGAUCACGACGAGGCCCGGCGCCAGAGACUGUUCGACGGGAAGGUGUUCUGCUGCGGCAUCUGCUUCAGCGAGAAACUGGGCGCUGCCUGUUUGUGCUUCAAAGAGUGUCAGCACGUCUACUGUAAAACCUGCAUGAGCGAGUACUUUCAAAUCCAAAUCAAAGACGGAAACGUUCAGUGCCUUAACUGCCCCGAGCCCAAGUGCUCCUCUGUGGCCACACCGCCGCAGGUGAAGAAUCUCGUCGGUGAGGAGUUAUUUGCUCGUUACGACCGCCUGCUCCUCCAGUCCAGCCUGGACCUCAUGGCGGAUGUGGUGUACUGUCCCCGCGUGUCGUGUGGGACGCCCGUGAUGGUAGAACCCGACUCCACCAUGGGCAUCUGCUCCGGGUGUCAGUACGCCUUCUGCACGCUCUGUAAGAUGGGCUACCACGGGGUCGGCCACUGCAAAUUACCCACAGAGGAGCUUCGUGAUCUCAGGGACGAGUACCUGGCUGCCAGUGCAGACGGGAAAAAGUUCAUGGAGCUGAGGUUUGGUAAAAAGGUGAUUCAGAGAGCGGUGGAGGAGUCGUUCAGCCGCGACUGGCUCAGCGAGAACUGCAAGAACUGCCCCCGCUGUGGCACCAACAUACAGAAAGUGGAUGGGUGUAAUAAGAUGACCUGCACGUCGUGUAAACAGUACUUCUGUUGGCUGUGUCUGGGAGUGCUGUGUCGAGGAAACCCCUACAGCCACUUCAACAACCCCCAGUCUCCCUGCUUCAAUCAAUUAUUUUUUGACGUGGAUCCGGACGACGGUGAUGAGUUUUUCGGUUUGGGGUUUGACAGUGAUGAAGAGGACUAAGCGGUGCACUAAACGUUCCUAUGUAUUCUAUUUAAACGCACUUUAUCCCACCAAACAAUCACUGUGGCUGUGGCCUUCACUCUCUCUGGGUAAACAAACACAUGUACAGUAGCUAUAUGUAUGUUACAACCAGUCUAUAAAAAAGAAAACACACAUAUCAUGAGUGAAGUGUGACGUUUCAGAAGAAGAAAACACCUUUUUAGUUACAUCUUAAAAGGCAGUAAAACAGUAGUGUUCAGGAGUGAUGAUCUAUGAUAAAAUUGCAGUUUUUUUUGCAUAUUCCCAUCUCUAAACAUCAAUGAAUGUCACGGCAUUUUUCCAACAUCAUCAGAUUUCCGCGUAUGGAUAUGUUGCUACUAUUACAACUUAAAGGUUUGUAAUAGCGGUUUACAACUUACAAACUGGCACUUAUAAUUAUUUUUGCUACAACUUGCCACCAGAAUUCAAUAUUUAUCCGUUCAGUUUAAUUUAGCAUUUUAAAUUAUUCUUUGGGAAUGCCACUGUGUGUUCGGGAUGUUAUUUGGGCAGUUUUUUAUGGAACUGGUCAAUACGUUGCCAAAAUUUCUCAUGGAUUAUUUUUUUUAUUAUGUCUUAUGCCUUGAACUGAAAUGUACAUGGAUUUGUUUUAAAAUGACAAUGUUUCUUUUUUUUGAGGUUCUUGUUCAAUAAUCAACUUCAUACGCAUAAUGUUAAUGCACAGAACAGUUGAAUAAAAGCUACUACAUAU